CACCUUGCCGCGCUCGUUCGAGGACCUGGCUGGCUCGUGCUUGCCAACCACGACACGCAGCAUAUAGCCUCUGGCUGGCCUCAACCGGCGCCAUGGAGCUGCUUGUGCUACUCCUGCUCUUCCUCGCCCUCCCAGUCCUCCCGGCGCGCUGCGGCUCGGUGACUCCGCGGCGGUCGCUCCACCUCGAGCUGGCGCGCGUGGACGCCGCGGCGGCCGCCAACCUCACGGACCAGGAGCUCAUCCGGCGCGCCGUGCAGCGCAGCCUCGACCGACCGGGGAUCGUGGCGCGCUCUGGCGGCGGAGCCGCGGACGAGGCGGGCAAGGCCGUCGCGAGCGAGGCCCCGCUGGUGCCCGGGGGCGGCGAGUACCUGGUCAAGCUCGGCACCGGCACGCCGCAGCACUUCUUCUCGGCGGCCAUCGACACGGCCAGCGACCUCGUCUGGAUGCAGUGCCAGCCCUGCGUCAGCUGCUACCGCCAGCUCGACCCGGUCUUCAACCCCAAGCUCUCCUCCUCCUACGCCGUCGUGCCAUGCACCAGCGACACCUGCGCCCAGCUGGACGGCCACAGAUGCCACGAGGACGACGAUGGAGCGUGCCAGUACACCUACAAGUACAGCGGGCACGGGGUGACGAAGGGCACCCUGGCCAUAGACAAGCUGGCCAUCGGAGGCGACGUUUUCCACGCCGUGGUCUUCGGCUGCAGCGACUCCAGCGUCGGGGGCCCUGCCGCGCAGGCGUCGGGGCUGGUCGGCCUCGGCCGCGGGCCGCUCUCGCUGGUAUCCCAGCUCUCGGUCCAUCGGUUCAUGUACUGCCUGCCGCCGCCCAUGUCUAGGACCUCGGGAAAGCUCGUGCUCGGCGCGGGCGCGGACGCCGUCCGGAACAUGUCGGACCGGGUCACCGUCACCAUGUCGUCCAGCACGCGGUACCCGUCCUACUACUACCUCAACCUCGACGGGCUGGCCGUGGGCGACCAGACCCCCGGCACCACCAGGAACGCAACGUCGCCGCCCUCGGGUGGUGCUGGUGGUGGAGGAGGAGGAGGAGGAGGCGGCAUCGUCGGCGCUGGCGGUGCCAACGCGUACGGGAUGAUCGUGGACGUCGCGUCGACGAUCUCGUUCCUGGAGACGUCGCUGUACGACGAGCUGGCGGACGACCUGGAGGAGGAGAUAAGGCUGCCCCGCGCCACCCCGUCGCUCCGCCUGGGGCUGGACCUCUGCUUCAUCCUGCCGGAAGGCGUGGGGAUGGACCGGGUGUACGUGCCGACGGUGUCGCUGUCGUUCGACGGGCGGUGGCUGGAGCUCGACCGGGACCGGCUGUUCGUCACGGACGGCAGGAUGAUGUGCCUGAUGAUCGGCAGGACGAGCGGGGUGUCCAUCCUUGGAAACUUCCAGCUGCAGAACAUGCGCGUCCUCUUUAACCUGCGCCGGGGCAAGAUCACCUUCGCCAAGGCCAGCUGCGACUCCUUGCCAUAGAUAGAUAGGUUCCGCCUGGACUGGAAACUUCGUCUCAUGAUCUUGCACUCAGGGCCAGGGUUUUAGAGAAUUUGCACAUCGGAGAUUAGAUACUGGUGCUCUGUAUUAGCUUCUGACAGAAAUUCCUGAACUGUAUAUGCAGAAACGCGUAACCAUUCAGUAAUCAGAGUAGCAAAUGGAAGGACCAUCGUCUUUCACUCCGAUACUAGUUUAUGCAAAUUAUAAACGGAAGCAGCAUGAACCCUAGAAGCCUAGACUUCAUGGACACAAAAAAGUAUUUAAGCGAAGAAACAGAAUUCAGUAGACAGUGCCAUC